UAAUUUAAACCCUCAAAAUCUUUACACCUAGACCUAAUUUUAGUACAACGUAAAGUCUAUUUGCCUUCUCAUCAGGCGGCGAGGCGUUGGAGGAGCAGAGGGUUUGAAGAGGAAGGGGUGUUCACUGUCGGGUGCGUGGGGUGAGUGCAAGACGGAAAACGUAGUUCAAAGAAAAGGGGAAAGUUGAUGCACACAAAACAAGGGGGACGAAGCCACCAAGGAUUUCAGCUUAAUAUACAGGAUGAGGCCCUUAGAUGAGCAGGAAACCACUGUAGUUUUCGAGAAACUUUACAAAUUUGUAGGGAACAAUUUGAAGCACAUUGUAGAAAGGCCUUCUAGUGAAGGGCCUGAUGGGAAAGCAGGACUGUACUGUUUCCGCCUGCAGAAAAAUCGCGUCUACUAUGUGAGUGAGGCCCUUGUUAAGAGAGCCACCAACAUUGCCAGAGAUAAUCUUGUGAGCCUUGGCACUUGCAUUGGAAAAUUCACUAAGGGUGGUAAAUUCCAGCUCACCAUUCAAUGCCUUGAUCUUCUUGCAGCCCAUGCCAAGUACAAAAUAUGGCUCAAGCCCACUGCAGAAAUGAGCUUUCUCUAUGGUAAUCAUGUUACUAAGAGUGGAUUGGGUAGGAUUACUGAAAAUACUGCUCAGAAUGAGGGUGUUGUAAUUUUUAACAUGUCUGAUAUUCCAUUGGGGUUUGGAGUAGCUGCCAAAUCUACCCAGGACUGUAGGAAGCUUGACCCAAAUGGAAUUGUUGCUUACCAUCAGGCUGAUAUUGGUGAAUAUUUACGCAUGGAAGAUGAGCUCUAAAAUUGGAAUAGACUGCUUCUUAUUUGGUUAAAUUGCUACAACUUAUAAAAUUGGCUGCAGAAUCUUUUUGCCAUAUGAGAUAUAAAACUGAAUAGCAUGUAUCUAGUGUCUGA